GUAACCCAAAUAUGACCUUUGCACCUAACGUAAUACUAGCGGGAAAAUGGCUGCCUUUGACCAAGCUCGAAGUUGAAGAGACCGUGAGAACAAGAGUGUGUGUCUAUGAAUGUCUACUGAGUCAGGUGUGCUGUACUAAUUCAUUGGAAAGAGAAAAACUAAUAGGGCCAAGCCUCUCAGAGCAAUAACACUGGUGCCUACAUGCUUUGGAAGAAUGGAGCAGCUCUUUGAUAAAACUGUCAGUGUUGGAAUACAGUCGUCUGACAGAGAUGAUCGGCAGACGACGAUUGGCAUCACUGUCUUACUGAACACCGUGACAACACCCAUUCACAAGAAGGAGUUGUUGAUUCGUCUGACUGAUGACAGUGAUCCUUUCUUCCUCUUCACUCUGGCUCUGGGGGAGGGAGACUUUCAGGGGCUGAAGAGCCAGCAAGGUCUGCUGGUGGACUUCAGUGCCUUCCCUCAGAAGUUUAUUGACCUGUUGGAGCUGUGCAUAGCAGAAACUGGAAAACUGAGUCCAAAGUUCCUGCUGCAGUUGUCUCUUGGUGCCACUGAGGGUGGAAUGGCCGUCCUGAAUGUUGUGGAGACCAACCCGUUCAGACAUCUCAACCACCUCUCUCUCAAGUUUGUGCCUGCUAGCGACACCUACCUCAAGAAAUACCUCGCCGAGUGCCUACUAGGACUCAAGGAAGAGAACUGUUAUUUGAGUGAGAGCCUCACUACGACACGGACCGACCUCUCUGCCCAGCUGGCUCAGUGUGAAGAGACUCUUUCAAGACGCAGCAGUGAGCUUGAAUCAUUGAAGGCUCAGUGGAAUGCCCAUGCCACCACUCUGAGCAGUGAACACUCAGUGAGCCUGUCAUCUGAGAGAGAGAAAGCCCUACAAACUCAGUCUGAGAUGGCUGACAGGUUUGCGAGGGAGAAGAGAGAGAUGGAGGAACUGCACACUUCCAGGCUGCGUGGCAGUGAGGAGAGGGUGGCUGAACUGGACAAGGCUAACAAGGAGCUCACUGACCACAAGUACCGUUCAGAGGCAGCCAUCAGAGAACUCAAGACCAAACUCAGAGCAUCAGAGGAGGAGUGCUCUGGUGCUCGUGAGGAGCUGGCUAGGUUGAGGAGAGACAACUCCUCUCUGGACAGCACCAAUCACGAGCUGGAGAAGACUGUCUCUCAACUCAGGAUGAGGGUGGCUGUUCUCGAGCAGGAGCUGCAAGAUAAAGAACAGGUGAUCAGUAGGAGCUCUGAAUUGCUGGAUGCCUCGUCUGAGCAGAAGAGAAGCCAUGAGGUCACACUGGAGCAGAAACAAAGGCAAAUCACCAAACUAGAAACUGCUUUCAAGUCAGCAUCACAGGAAGUGAUUAAGGGGAAUGAGAUCAUUCAGAAGCUUCAAAUAGACCUACGGAACAUUAAAUCAAAGCUGAAGUUACGCAACAUGGUGACAACUCAGCAGGAGAGGGUGAUUGGUGAGAGGGAGGGUGCUCUGGACAAACUGAGACUGGAGUCGGAGGCUGUCAAAGUCACUAUGGCCAGGAAAGAUGAGGAGUUGGCCAAAGUAGGGACAUCCCUUAAAGAAGCACUUGAGAAACUGGAGGAAAGUAAAAACGAGUUGAAGACCAACGAAAAUGUGAUCAGUUGGCUCAACAAGCAAAUGAAUGAUCAGAUGAUGGGAAGUGGGCGUGGCAUUCCCCGCCCACCUCUCCCCUCGCUCUCCACAAUCCGCUCCUCCCCACCCUCACAACCUUACACCGUGGGCGGGCAGCUCAGCGACAUCGGUGCCCUCUACACUCACCAGAUGCAACAGAGACCGCAGUUUAGUAGCACUCCCUCUGGCCCCACCUCCUCCCACGCUACCACUGGUCCCCCUCGACAAGCACUGGGCUCUAUCGCUAGCCAAGAGAACGUACGACAACAAGUCUUGUUUAAAGGCCCGGGGGCUUCUAAAGGAGGUCUUGCACCCUCUCCUCUGUCGGCUCAUUCACUAAGUGCACACUCAGCAAUCAGAGGUCAAUUGACUCCACCCACUGCUGGUCUGAGGUCAAAAGAUGCCUUGUCCAAGUCUUCCCCUGGUCGACCCUCUGGGCCGUGGUUGGAUCCUAAAUAUUUGGCACAAGACCUCCCUCCUAGUGAGCUAAGGACAAACGUCACACCUAGAGUACUCCCCAAACAAGUGCCCCCAGCUUCAUCAUACUUUCCUAAGAACUAGACUGUAUUGUAGACAAUGUCUCUGAUUAUGGGUAAUUUUAACACAUUGUUGAUGUAACGCAUGUUACUUGUGUAUUUGACUUCUUUCAAAUUGA